AGAGAAAAACAUAAAAGGUAAACCCGGUCCAAAACCCUUGCUCUCCGUCUGCCGUCGCCCCUCUCUCACGCUCCCUCUCCCGCAAACGCAAAGUGAGAAAUAAGAGAGGGAAAAGGAAACGAAACGAAAGCCCAGCCAUGUCUCGUCUCGUUCGAUCUCGAAUCCUUCCCUAUUUCACGAAGCCAAGCACCGGCAGGCCCUUCAGCUCCUCCACCGUCUCCGCCGCCGCACCCCCCAAGGAGCCCAUCGUCGCCACCGAUGCCCUCCUCAACGACCAAUCCCCACCGCCGCCUCCCCAGUCCUCUGCUCCCUCCCCAGGCGCCAGGAAAUCCUGGGGUCUUUUCAAGUUCGGGGCCUUGGCGGCUUUCACGGGAGCCAUUGGAACCACCGCCUACGCUACCUACGCUUAUUCUCUAGAUGAAGUGGAACAGAAGGCAAGGACUUUGCGGGCAAUUUCAAAAUAUUCAGUAGGGGAUGGUGCAUCUGAUUUUGAAAAAUUUCAGGCUUUGGUUUACUCAACAUUAAUGAAAGUUCCUGUUAAGACUAUAGAGCUAUACAUGGAUAUUAGGAGGGAAAUUGAAGAACAAGUACGGGGAUUUACUGAACCAUCAUCAGAGAAGCUUCUUCCAGACUUGCAUCCUCAAGAGCAAGGUGUCUUUACUCUUGUUCUAGACCUCAAUGAGACUUUGGUAUACUCUGACUGGAAGCGUGACAGAGGGUGGAGAACAUUUAAAAGACCUGGAGUUGAUGCUUUCUUAGAACAUCUUGCAAAGUUUUACGAAAUUGUCAUCUACUCAGAUCAGCUGAAUAUGUAUGUUGAUCCUGUUAUUGAGAGGUUGGAUCAGAAAGGUUGCAUUCGAUAUCGGCUGUCAAGAGCAGCAACCAGAUAUCUGAAUGGAAAGCAUUAUCGGGACCUAGCGAAGCUGAAUAGAGAUCCUUCACGAAUUAUUUAUGUCAGUGGGCAUGCUUUAGAAACUAGCCUUCAGCCAGAGAACUGUGUACCAAUUAAGCCCUGGAAACUUGAAAAUGAUGAUACUGCACUGCUGGAUCUUAUUCCAUUUCUUGAAUAUGUUGCUAUCCACAGACCAGCCGAUAUAAGACCUGUACUUUCUUCUUAUCAAGGUCAUGACAUAGCAAGCGAAUUUAUUGAGCGCUCAAAAGAACACCAGAGGCGGAUGCAGGAACAGAGGCAACAUAACCGUUUCUGGCGUCGAUGAAUCUGCAUUCAGAUUGAGAAACAUCAUUGCAUUUUCUUGAGAUGUUUGGGCUGAGAUGUGAUUAACCCAUCAACUUCGAUGAAAGAUAUUGAGGCCUCUAUGUUCUCUUUCCUCACCCCACUUUUCUUUUUUGAGAGCAUAUUUUUUUAUUUCAUAGACUGUUGUUGGUGAAAAAUAUGUUGAAGUUAUACUAAUUAUGUUGUAAUAGCUACAUGAACACGAGUGGCUUCCACAAAGCUUCUUGCUACAUUGGCAUUGGCAACCUUGGUCACAUGUUCGUUGUUUAGAAUGUAUCUCAUUAGUGCACAUCUCUACUGAUAUAUGCCCUUGAUAGAGAAGGAUUUGGAGUUUUUAUUA